UGGCAAACGCAACUAAGAAGAGGUGUGAAAGCCCCAAAGCCGUACGAUUGGAAAGAUCAGCGGCAGGGUGCAAAAAAUUGGGUUUUAUCCAGAAGUACCGUAUCAGUAAAUUAACAAAGGCAGAGAGAGAAGGCAAAAGAGAGGAAAUCAAACUAUUGUGGUUUCUGGCAAAAGAAAAAGAGAAAAAAAAAAAACCCAAGCAACCAAACAAGAAAGGAAGUUUCUUUUACUGAGUUUUGUUAUUCGGAUCUGGAAAAGUUGUUUGUCGGAACCUGUAUUCAGGUUAAACCCGAACUGAAAACCCUAACACCACCAUAUCCACCCGACCGACGGCGAUAGUUCCAUAUUUAUUUUUGUUCAUCGGUGGCGAAGGAUCGGAGAGAACUCCGAGGAUAAGUUCGCUCUAACCUUUUACCAGAUGUUACGUUUAUCCAGGAUGGCAUAGUUAGCAGGAAGUAGUCAUGGCUUCUAAAGGUCCGAGGUCCAAGCUUGAUCAUGAAACAAGAGCUAAGCGCCAAAAGGCCCUUGAAGCUCCCAGAGAACCUCGACGCCCUAAAGCUCAUUGGGAUCAUGUGUUAGAGGAGAUGGUUUGGCUUUCAAAGGACUUUGAGUCGGAGAGAAAAUGGAAAUUGGCUCAGGCAAAGAAGGUUGCUUUAAGAGCCAGCAAGGGCAUGUUGGAUCAGGCUACAAGGGGAGAAAAGAAAAUGAAGGAAGAAGAGCAGCGGUUGAAAAAAGUUGCCCUUAAUAUUUCAAAGGAUGUGAAGAAAUUCUGGCUGAAAAUAGAAAAAUUGGUGCUUUACAAGCAUCAGAUGGAGCUUGACGAGAAAAAGAAGAAGGCACUUGAUAAACAGCUUGAGUUUCUUUUGGGUCAAACUGAGAGGUACUCUACAAUGUUGGCUGAAAAUCUCGUGGACAAUUACAAGCCUGUGGAACAACAUUCUACACAAGAUCCACCGAGCAUUCAGCAUAAAGAUGUCGAUGUAAAUGCCACUAAUGAAUCUACAGAACUGAAUGCUGAACCUCAAGCAGGUACUGAAACUCAAGCAGAUACUGAACCUCAAGUAGAUACAGCAGAUAUUGAUGAGGAUUAUGAUGUGCAAUCUGAUGAUGAAUCAGAAGAUGAUGAGCACACAAUUGAGGAAGAUGAGGCUCUGAUAACCAAAGAAGAAAGGCAAGAAGAAUUGGCUGCUUUGCAAAAUGAAAUAGAUCUUCCACUUGAAGAGCUACUCAAGCAUUAUGAAAGAGAGAAAGAUAGCAUGGAAGAUGGUCCAAUAAAGGAUGAAGACACAGGUGAUCUAGACCUUAUGGAGGGAAAUCAUAGCAACAAAAUUGAACUGUCUACAGCUACUAGGAUUGAGAAAGGCAACUCACCCAUAUCCACUGGUCGUCGUUGUGGUGAAAGUAAUGGAGAAUUGUUAAAUCACUUUUUAGAGCAUGAGACAAGGGAAGCUAAAAAUGUUUUGGGGCCUGCUGUGGAGUUGGCCAAAGAACACGAAUCAUAUGAUUUCAAUGAUGAAGAGGAAGAUUGUGACUUUGUUCUUGCUGCCGUGGAAGAAAAGGAUGAUGAGACAACCUUGUUAGAGGAGGAGGAAUUAGCAAAGGUAGAAUCAAAAGAUCCCAUGGAUGAGAUUGCAUUAUUACAGAAGGAGAGUGAAAUACCUAUAGAAGAACUGCUUGCAAGGUAUAAAAAGGACUUAAAUGAUGAUGGAGUUAGGGACGAUGAAUCUGAAUAUGCCUCGGCUUUGUCAGAUGGAUUUGUGGAGUCUCCAUCUCUUGAAGACAUUGAACAGAAGCAGCAGCGUGCAUCUGUUGAUGAAGAUGCUGAAUCUGGUGAACAGCAGCCAGAUUUGAGUAGUUUAAUGGAAGAGGAACAAGCAGGAAUGGAGAGUGAGAACAGAAUUGCUGAUGCCGCUGCUGCUGCAAGAUCAGCACAACCAACAGGGAACACCUUCUCUACAACAAAAGUUCGUACAAAGUUCCCUUUCCUUCUCAAGUUCCCUCUUCGUGAAUACCAACAUAUUGGCUUGGACUGGCUUGUUACAAUGUAUGAGAAAAGAUUGAAUGGAAUUCUAGCUGAUGAGAUGGGGCUUGGGAAGACAAUUAUGACUAUUGCUUUGCUUGCACACCUUGCCUGUGAGAAGGGGAUAUGGGGUCCUCAUCUCAUUGUGGUUCCAACAAGUGUAAUGCUAAAUUGGGAGACUGAGUUUCUUAAAUGGUGUCCUGCAUUUAAAAUUUUAACAUAUUUUGGAAGUGCAAAAGAGAGAAGGCUGAAGAGGCAAGGCUGGUUGAAACCAAACUCUUUUCAUGUAUGCAUAACAACCUACAGACUGGUUAUUCAAGAUUCAAAAGUUUUCAAGCGUAAGAAGUGGAAAUACUUGAUUUUAGAUGAAGCUCAUCUAAUUAAAAAUUGGAAGUCACAGAGAUGGCAAACUCUCUUGAACUUUAAUUCAAAACGGCGUAUUUUAUUGACUGGUACUCCCCUUCAGAAUGAUCUCAUGGAGCUAUGGUCUCUAAUGCAUUUCUUGAUGCCUCACAUAUUUCAGUCUCAUCAGGAAUUCAAAGAUUGGUUUUGUAAUCCAAUAUCAGGGAUGGUAGAGGGUCAAGAAAAAGUAAAUAAAGAAGUGGUUGAUCGUCUACACAAUGUCCUCCGUCCAUUCAUACUCCGUCGUUUGAAGCGAGAUGUGGAGAAGCAGCUCCCCAUGAAACAUGAGCAUGUGAUAUACUGUAGGCUAUCCAGGAGGCAGCGUAACCUUUAUGAAGACUUUAUUGCUAGCUCGGAAACACAGGCUACUCUUGCAAGUGCUAAUUUUUUUGGAAUGAUCAGUGUUAUAAUGCAACUUCGCAAAGUCUGCAAUCAUCCUGACUUGUUUGAAGGCCGUCCAAUUGUAAGUUCUUAUGAUAUGGGUGGUAUGGAUAUUCAAUUGUGUUCCUCUAUCUGUUCUAUACUUUCCCCUGAUCCAUAUUCAAGAGUAGAUCUCAGGGGCAUGGGAUUUUUAUUUACCCAUCUUGAUUAUAGCAUGACUUCUUGGGAAAGUGAUGAAGUCAAAGCUCUUGCUGUGUCUUCAAAUUCAAUCAAGGAGUGUGCUGACAUGCUUAAACUUGAAGAAAUUGGACCUGGAUUUAAACACCGCAAAAAGUUGCAUGGAACAAAUAUUUUCGAAGAGAUACAGAAGGCAAUUUUGGAGGAGAGACUAAAACUAGCAAAAGAAUGGGCAGAAUCCAUUGCAUGGUGGAAUUCCUUGAGGUGUGACAAAAAACCCAUAUACUCAACAGGCCUGAGGGAAUGUGUCACAGUAAAGCAUCCUGUUCAUGAUAUUCAUCACCACAAGGCUCGUCCUUUGUCCUACAUGUAUUCCUCAAAACUUGCUGACAUUGUACUCUCACCAGUUGAACGCUUGCAGAAAAUGAUUGACCUAGUAGAAAGUUUCAUGUUUGCAAUUCCAGCCGCACGGGCACCAGCACCUGUUUGCUGGUGUAGUAAACCUGGAAAUUCUGUUUUUUUACACCCAACUUAUAAGCAGAAAUGUUCGGAAGUACUGUCACCACUUCUAUCACCUGUCAGACCUGCUAUUGUUCGGAGGCAAGUAUAUUUCCCUGACAGGAGACUUAUACAGUUUGAUUGUGGUAAAUUGCAAGAGCUUUCAAUUUUGCUGAGGAAACUAAAAUCAGAAGGUCACAGAGCAUUAAUAUUUACUCAGAUGACAAAGAUGCUUGAUAUUUUGGAGGCUUUCAUAAAUUUGUAUGGUUACACUUACAUGCGGUUGGAUGGAUCCACUCAACCUGAGGAGAGGCAAACCUUGAUGCAGCGGUUUAACACAAAUCCGAAAAUAUUUCUUUUCAUCUUGUCCACCCGUAGUGGGGGUGUCGGCAUCAAUUUAGUUGGGGCAGACACAGUUAUCUUUUAUGAUAGUGACUGGAAUCCUGCUAUGGACCAACAAGCUCAAGAUCGAUGCCACCGGAUUGGUCAAACACGAGAAGUUCAUAUUUACCGGUUGAUAAGUGAGAGCACUAUUGAAGAGAAUAUAUUAAAGAAAGCAAAUCAGAAGCGUGCUCUUGAUGAUCUAGUGAUACAGAGUGGGGGCUACAACACUGAGUUCUUCAAAAAACUUGACCCCAUGGAGCUGUUCUCUGAUCAUAGAUCACUUCUCAUUAGGAAUGUCCAAAAGGAGAAACAUUCCAAUGGAAAUGAUGUUUCGGUUUCUAAUGCAGAUUUGGAGGCUGCUUUAAAAUGUGUAGAAGAUGAAGCAGAUUACAUGGCAUUGAAGAAAGUUGAGCAGGAAGAAGCUGUUGACAACCAAGAGUUUACAGAAGAAGCCAUUGGGAGACUGGAAGAUGAUGAGUUAGUAAAUGAGGAUGAUGGGAAGGUUGAAGAGCCUGCCGAUCAAGGUGGAUGGAUGGUGUCUGCAAACAAGGAAAAUGGUGUGGUGCUGAAUGGCAGUGACUUUAAUGAAGAAAAAGCUAUUACUGUUGCUGCUGGUAGAGAAGAUGAUGUUGACAUGUUGGCUGAUGUCAAACAAAUGGCUGAAGCAGCUGCAGCAGCAGGACAAGCAAUUUUAUCCUUUGAAAAUCAGUUACGUCCUAUUGAUCAGUAUGCAAUUCGUUUUCUGGAGCUAUGGGACCCAAUUAUAGAUAAGGCAGCAGUGGAAUCUCAAGUUAGAUUUGAGGAGACCGAAUGGGAACUGGACCGUAUUGAGAAGUACAAGGAGGAAAUGGAAGCUGAGAUUGAUGAAGAUGAGGAGCCUCUUGUAUAUGAGAGAUGGGAUGCUGAUUUUGCAACUGAGGCAUAUCGACAGGAGGUUGAGGCCGCCCUAGCUCAAAAUCAGUUGAUGGAGGAACUGGAAAAUGAAGCCAAGGAGAGGGAAGAUGAUGAGGAUGAAAAUUGUGAUUCUACGAAGAAUGACAUACCAAGUGAUCCUAAACCCAAGUCUAAAAAGAAAUCGAAGAAAGCAAAGUUCAAAUCUCUGAAGAAAAGAUCUCUAGCUUCUGAAUUGAAAUCUGUGAAAGAAGAGCCGCUGGUGGAUGCUAUGUCCAUCGAUGAAGAAACUGUUUCUCGCGAUGUAGUGAGCUGUUCAGACUCAAGCAUAUUAACAAAACGUAAGAAGGCAGAAAAAACACCAGAUGGAGGAGGAGAAAAGAUAUCAAAGAAGAAGUCUAAGAAAUUUAAGAAGGCUCCUCUUCAGAUAUGUUCCCCGGAGUUGGAUACUGACCUCGCUGGUUUGCAGCAUGGUGAACCUGCAGAGUCAAAACAAUGUGAGAGUGUGUUUGAUUCUGAGCAGAAACCAGUUAGCCGAAGUAAGAUGGGAGGAAAAAUAUCCAUUACUCCCAUGUCCUUGAAGCGAGUACUAAUGAUAAAACCUGAGAAGUUAAAGAAAGGGAACAUUUGGUCGAGGGACUGUGUGCCAUCACCUGAUUUUUGGUUGCCACAGGAGGAUGCAAUAUUAUGUGCUGUGGUACAUGAGUAUGGCCCUCAUUGGAGCUUGGUUAGUGAAGUACUAUAUGGUAUGACUGCUGGUGGGUUUUACAGGGGAAGAUAUCGCCAUCCUGUCCAUUGCUGUGAGAGAUUCAGGGAACUCAUCCAAAGAUACGUGUUGUCUACGCCGGAUAAUCCUAAUUAUGACAAAGUCAGCAAUAUGGGGUCUGGAAAGGCUCUUCUCAAAGUAACAGAGGACAACAUACGUAUGCUAUUAGAUGUUGCUGCUGAGCAGCCAGAUGGAGAGUUUCUCCUUCAGAAACACUUCACUGCCGUGCUGACAUCUGUCUGGAAGAUGACAACUCGCAUUGGUUCCAGGCCAAAUCAUUCAUCACAUCAAAAUGGUUUCUAUUUUGGUCGAAGGUUUUUCACUUCAGCAAACCAUAAUUCUCUUACUUACAUGAAGGAACCUGCAGAAAGAAUGAGCUUUACCAAUUUAGAACAGAGUAGCAGGUUAUUAGCAAAUGCACUUCAUGAUGCUAGCAGUAUACAACAGGAUGACAGAGUGCGCCUUUCUACUCAUCGGGAAGGCACUUCGGCUAAUGCAGAAAAGUUGGAGCUUACACUGGAAUUCCAGAGAGAAGCGGAGGACUCUCUGGAUCCAUUGCCCUCUGUUGUAAAUUUGUCAGUGGUUGGCCCAGACUCUUUACAAUCUGUAAGCAAGGACAUGAAGGAUGAUCAUCAUCUCAGAUCUUCAUGUGAUGUGGCGGAGAACCGAGUCAGGUCUGCUGCAGUAGCUUGUGUUGAGGAUAGUCUUGGAUGGGCAUCAUCUGUAUUCCCAACAAACGAUGUGAGAUCUCGUUCAGCAUCAAAGUCACAAUUUUUAGGAAAGCACAAGCUCCCCAUGUCUGAACUAGCCAGACCUUCCAAGUCAAAGUUAAAGAAAACUUCAAUGGAGCUUGGGGAAAUGCGUAACGUUAUGGCUGAGCGGGUAUUCCAUCCAUUGCCAGUGGCUGUACCCAUGGAUCACGAUCUAAGGUUUGACCUGAACUCACCCAUCGGUAAAGAUGUUCAGAUUGAUGAUUUAAAAAGUACUUCUCAGUCGGACAUCGAUAAGGAGUUUUCAUUAGAAACAGAGGAUUUUAAAGGUCUUGAAUUGGUCCCACAUAGCUAUGUUCCCGGCUUAAUCUCAGGCCUUGACGAUUGCUCAUCAUUACCAGAAUAUACUGACAUUGGGUAGGAUUAAUCUUGGGCUUGGAAGUAUCAAAUUUUGGAGUGGGAUUCUUGCCAUCAGCACUCGGCAGAGAGAAGUGAUGAUCACUAACAAUAAAUUUUAAGCGUUGUUUCACUGUGCUCCCAAGGCAUGUGGUGGAUUGGACUCGCCAUUUUCAGAGGUCAAUCAAGAUGGAACAAAUUUACACGCUGAGAGGUUCAAUCUUUGUGGAGGAGGAAUCCGAUCUUGGGGCUAACAGUGGAAUCCAAUUUAGGGAAUUUAAAAUGUAACAUAAAAAUUUUGCAAUUUGUUUUCUUGCUGGGAAAUCUGUGCUAAUUUAUUGGGCUUUCAUUUGAGACGUCUGUAUGGGCACAUUUUCCCCCACAGGAAUUAGUGAAAAUGGAAUAGAAACUAGUGAUUAAUGAUAUGGGAAAAAAUCAUAAUUGAGAUC